AUGCAACUGCCCGAACCGCCGCCACCUCCACUCGCUCCUCUAUGGGACCGCGUCCUUCGAGCCCGGGCUCUUCCACCCGACCUCGACGUCCAGCUCUUGUACAUAGCCAUCAAAGACCGUCUAUCACAUCCCGAGUGGGAAGUACGGCUGCACGCUCUUAGAGUCCUCGCCGAUUUACUUCCUAUAUCCGGUAAUGCUCUCUCUGUUCCAUUUGAUCAAGUUAUCGAUAAUCUUGGACAUAACUCGCCAAAUGUUCGGAAAGCAGCAUUAGAUGCGCUUAAAGUUUUCUGUACACACUGUGAGGAACCCGAUUGUGCGGCUCGAGCGCUUAUAGACAAAUUUUCUUACAAUAAUAUUAGAGCACAUACCAGUGAUACGGAUAUGAAAAUGAAUAUUAUAACUGGAUUAAUACUUUCGAUACCGUCUCUAAUUAGUAUUCUGAAACGUAGAAAUUCAAAUGUGGAUAUCUAUCCAGUGUUUCAAAUUUUAGGAGAAAAACUUUUUGAUAAUGUACAUAGAGACGUUGCACUUCGAUCUCUCAUAAAAUUGCGUAGGUUAUGUGGUCCGCGACAAUAUAUGAUGUAUUUCUCGCGAUUGGACUCUAGAAUUCAAGAUAAAUUUCAUGUUUUAUGUGAAAUAUACGAUGAAGACUCACAGGAUGUGUUCUAUGCUCCGAGGAAAUCACGUCAACCUAUAGUGCAAAUUAAUCGUGUUUUUAAUAAUAAUACGCUUUCAAAUCCAAUCUAUUUAUCUACAGACUCUUCUUCAGAGGAAUCUUAUAGAAUGCCGUUUCACAAUAACAAUUACGCAAAAGUUAUAAUUGAAACUGAAAUUAAAUUCGAUUCAGACACAGCUAUAACCAUGACUGUCUUAGAACAAAACGAAACAGAAUCGGAAAAGAAUACAGCUAGUGAUGAGGAAUGUGAUAGCUCUGACCAUCUCAUGUUAAAAUACAGUGACGGAGAUUCGGAAGAAGAUUCGGACGUAGUUGUUAAAAAAGUAAGAUUCGGUGGUGAAAGUGUAAAAAUUCGGACACCAGAUAGUGACAAUUUAAUAACUAGUGAGGAAGAUAUGAGAAGCAAUUUAAACCGUGCGAUAUUGGAUAAAUCUAGUAUAGCGGCUGAAACACCGUCUAUUAUAACCAAAAUGAAUGAACUAAAACGAGAGAGCCAUAAUAGAGAAAAUAAUGCUACUACAAAGAAAAGCGGUAUUCCCCUUCCUAUUUUAACCAAUAAAGGACAGAAAGAUAUUAACAAACACAGUAAAGUAAAAGUUAAGUCAAAGUCACUAAGCGAAUUGUACGAUUAUUUUAAUAAAAAAAAUGAUGUUGUAGAGGAAAAAACCAGAGAAAGAUCAGGUUUUGCUUUAACUCUAACAGAAGUACGGUCUCCUGAAAAGGUUCCUAGUCCAGUGGAACUCCAUAGGGAAGUUGAAGUUUUGCACAACCUUCAGCGAAGUCCAACAGUAUCGCCUCGUAGACAACAAACAAAAUUAAGUAUUGAUCACGACAGAUACAUCUUGAAUCUUGUGGCGUCAUCUCCUCACGAUGCCGAGCUACUGUCUCCCAGACCACCCUCGCCACUGCGAGGUCAUUACGAAUGGGAGGAGUUGCUCAUCGUACCUCAGCACGUAGCUUCUCAGCUACAUAACACGGAAAACUGGAUAGCCGCUGUAAAGGCCGCGGAUCAUCUGCACAGUAUACUGUUAAAUCCUGAAAACGUUAAGAAGUUGGAACCAGCGGCCGUAUCCUUCGUUCAACAUAUGUGGGCGCUAAGUGAUGCGGUGUCUGCAGCAAGAGCUCCAGCGGAAGGGGCGGUGUGUGCGGUAGUACGCAGCGGUAGUUCUCCGUGUGUGAGACAACUUUUACCGAUGCUAACAGCCAGAAUAGCAAGAGACCCACCGCCUGCCGCACUACCUAUUGCACUUCUGCAAAGAAUGUCGCUACACCAUCUUGUGGACCUGAUUUUCGAACCUGAUAUAAUAAUGACGUGUUUUUGUUCAUAGGAUUCAGAAGAAGGCCAACUCCGAGCUACACUGUGUUUAGCUCGAGCAGCGGGGCCAGCAGCAGUAUUAGCUGCAGUACGGAGAAGAUUAUCUGGAUCUCCUAGCGCUGAUAUUUUUUGCAACAAGUUACGAGAACGUCUAAGCCGGCCCGUUGAGAGCAUGAGACCUAACCAUAUCACCAGAAUAUCUCAGCUGCCAGUACCAGCGCGUCGAAGAGCGAGGUCAACACCUCCAACGGCGCCACCGCCUAAACCUCGGAGACUAAGGCCUCUACCUGACUCGGCACCGCUACCCGGUAUAUCUCAACCGAGCCGAGAAACUUUCUUCAAACCGUCAUCAUCGGUUCUUUUAGGUGAUGGAGACUCAAGCACUGUCACCGCUUCCGGCGAUGAAAAUGAAGUACAGAAAACAAUUGAUAAUGAAAAGAACGUCGAAGGUCACUCUAUUGUCGACGGCACUACAGAAAUUGAAAGUAAAACGGAAGAUAAUAACAAUGCCGCUGUAUCACGAACGCCUUCUAUUCAUGUCGAGGAUGUUUCUGAAAAGUCAUAUCCAUCUUUAGGCAGUACUGAAACAACAAUCGAAAACUCCGAUAAAAGUGAUAAUAUUUUUGAAGAAGUUCAACAAAUAUCGAAAGAUAUAAUUGUUCCCCGACCACCGACAGAAAAUGAUGAUUCACAAACAGCGGCUGUACCUAGUAACCCACAGACACCAACAAAUUUGGAUAACGAUGACGAAACUGAAGACAAACAACCUAGUGAAAAGUCAUCGCCAGAGAUGACUCCGGCCAAAAGUGCUAGCAAAUCGUAUAGUUCAAUAAAAAGUGCCCACACCUCUCCUGAGCCACAGAGUGAACAUUUCGAAGAUCAUAUUGAACGAGACGCCCGUACCGCGCUUGCGGAAUGUAUGAUACCAUCACGAAACGAGGACUGGGAAGUAAUCGUGAACAGACUAAUCGAAACUGAACGCCUUGCCACAGAUAAAGGAGCUCGAGCACCUGCAGCCAGCUGGAGAGCCGCAACGCGCUCAGUCUCUACACACGUUCGAUCACUUCGAUCUCGAGUCGCGAGGACUGCAUGUUCAACGCUCGGAUCUCUUUUCGAAAACCGGGGACGCGCACUUGACCCAGAAUUGGAGGAAGCUGUCAGCGCUCUAUUAGAACGAUGCGCUGAUGUAAAUCGUUUCUUGCGUGCUGAUGCAGCUACUGCAUUAGGACGUGUAGCUUGUGGAGGUGGUUGCGCACGCGUUGGCGUUGCACUCGCUCGUCGCGGGGCAACGCACCGCGCCGGACUUGUACGUGCCGCCGCAGCGCAAGCUUUAACACGAUUGGUACGUCAACAUGGAGCAUCACGAGUACUGGAACUACCCAGUGAACCGCGUACGGUAAUACUGCGUGCAGCCGGUGAAUUAUUAGCAGAUGCGAGUCCGGAAGCGCGUCUACACGCGCGUCAUCUCUUCCUUGCUCUUUCCGAAGAUACGCGCUUCAGACAGAUGCUCAAGGAUGCUAUGCCACUUAGUCGAUAUCGAGCGAUAGAAAAAUUCGUCGACAAACUACGAUGUCGAUAGUAAAUGUUAUCCUACACUUACAACUAAUUAGUUUAUUAUACAAUAAAUUAGUUUUUUUAAAGAAGUGGUACGUUAUCGAUUUACUCGAUAUCCAUGACAGUUUUGAAAUAUUUGUAUGACCGAGGUACUUUUCACAAUGUUAGAAAUGUAUGCUUUCAUUUUUAACUAAUUGAAAGUGACUUUGUUAUUAUACGACUGAUAUGAACAGAAGAUAUUUUUAUAAUUAGAAAAAGUGUAAGAGAACUGAAUUUUGUACUGAUUAUAAACAUAGAUAACUGUUUCUUAUUGAUUUGAUUGGUGAACUCUUUGUUUUUGUUUUCCAAUUUGUUGACACACGAAACUUUAUAGUUUGUAUAUGAACCAGUUAAUUAUUCUUAGUUUUUAUCGAGACAUAAUUACAUCAAAAACUAAUGCUUGAAUCCCAUUAUUUAACUAAGGAGACAUUAAAAAUGUUUAAGUUGGUGGUUACGCAUUAUUUUUCUCAUGCUAGCGUUGCUGUCUUAUAUUUUAAUGAUACUAAAGUAUUAUAUUGCUAUUAUAGCAAUUUACAUAAUUUUAAUAAAUGUAUAUAUGACAAAUAAA